CUUUUUCGGCGCCACUGAUAAGCGACUGGCGCGAUUUCGGCUCAGUUGUGCUACCGCCGAACCGGACUGACGACAAUGUACGUGCUGCUGAUUCUGCUCGGCUGCGCCCCUGGCCUGGGGGCCACGCCCCCCCAGCCCACGGUCUACAACCGGCUGACGCAAGAGGCGCAGUUCCAGGGCUUCGCCGGCCUGGUGCACUACAACCGGGCGGCGCGGCUCGCCCUCCUGCAAAACCGCAUCACCGUGUUCGCGCCGAGCAACGAGGCGUUUGCGCAGUACGGGCGGCCGCUGCACUCGGACCUGGCCUGGUACCACAUGGCGGGUGGGGUGUGGACGCUGCGCGACCUGCAGAGCGCGCGCAACCUGACGGCCGGCGCCGCCCACCUGCCCCCACUCUGGCUCACUGCCACCAAUCGCGCCCUCUACAUCAACAACGCGCGCGUCGUCGCCGCCCACUCGGACUACCUGGGGAACGCGCACGCGCAGCAGCAGGCGCUGCAUGUGAUCGACCGCGUGCUGGACCCGAUGCACCUGCGCCCCGGCGCCCCCAUGCGCGCCUUCGACUGGCUGCGCCUGGCGCGCCCCUCCGCCGCCAUCUUCCUGCACAGGCUCAAAGAGCUGCGGCUGGAGCACCUGCUGCAGCUGGAGGGCGCCAACACCUACUUUAUUCCGGCGGACGACGGGUUCGACCCCGCCCAGUUCCACGCCCUCGACAAGAGCGCCAUCUUUGGGCACUUGGUGCCGGGCGAGGUUCUGUUCACGCGACCCGCCAUGCGCAGCCUCAAUCACGAAACGAUGGCCAACAGUGGCGACGUCUACCGCGUGGUGUCGUUCGAGGACAAAGGCGGGCAGCUGAUGGUGAGGCAGCGCAGUCUGGCGGGCGCGCACAGGGGCGACACCUGGGCGCCCGUCCUGCAAGCCGACCUGCCCGUGGCCAACGGCGUGCUGCACCUGAUUGGGCGGCCCCUGGGGCUUCGCCCCGCCCCCCGACCCUUCCCGUUCCUGCCCAUUCUGCUCAAACUAGCCGGCGAUCCGCAGCUGGCAACCGUGUACGAAGCCGGCGAGUCCACAG